AUGACUGAAUACAUGAGUUCAAUUCGGAGCUUAUGCCCCGGUAGAGAAACAUGGAAAAUCAGGGCUAGGGUCAUAAGGAAAUGGGAGAUGGCUCCUACCUCUGAUCUUGCCAAACCAUAUGCUCUGCAACUUGUGCUUAUUGAUUCUGAGAGUUCUAAAAUAGAGGCAACUAUUAAGAAGUAUAUGAUUAGCAAAUUCGUAAGGGAUAUUGUUGAAGGCAAUGUGUACCAGAUUACAUAUUUCAAUGUUGUGGACAACAAUGGUUCAUAUCGUGCUGCUGAACAUGAGUACAGAAUCAUGUUCAAUAGCAAAACAAAGGUUCAAAUAGACCAGUAUUUCAUUGGAUUGGUUUCAACAGUUUCUAAUGAGCAACAAUUCUCAAAGUCUGGAAAUGUUAAUAGAAAGAUUGAGUUGGAAAUCAUUGACCACAAGUAUCUGGCUUUAUUUGGAAACUAUGUUGAUGUUGUGAAAGGUUUUCUAGCUGCUGCUGGUGUUGGGCUUGGAAUUAUUGUUGUUCAGUUUGCCAAGAUUAAAACAUACAAAGGAGAAGUUGGUAUCCAGAAUGUUAUGCAGGCUACCAAGUUACUGUGGAAUGCUGAGAUUCCAGAAGUUGCUGCAUUUCGUGAUGGUUUGGCAUUGCAUGGGAUUGAUGAUGACCUGCCUAUUGGACAAAUUGGUGGUGUAUUUCAACAUAUUCCUGCUAAUGAGGAGUUCAUUACAAUGUUUCCUAGGAAGAGUAUUGUUGAGCUUCAUGACACAGCUGAGGAGGGUUUAUUUGUAGUCCUAGGGCAUAUUACAAAAUUAGUUGAUGGAGAAAAGUGGUGGUACACUGCUUGUCGCUGCCGUAGGUCUGUGACGGUUGAGGAUGGUCUUUAUUUCUGUGCUGCGUGCUCCACUCAUGUCAUUGAUGUUACUCCUAGGUUUCGACUGAAGGUUGAUGUUUAUGAUGGUGAUGAGGUUGCUACCUUUGUAAUCUUUGAUGGUGACUGUGAGAACAUUAUAAAGAAGAGCUGCAGAGAGUUAUUUGCCAAGGCCAAGUGUGUGGAUGAUUACCCUGAUGAAAUCAAAGCUCUCAUUGGGCGGGAAUUCCUUUUCAAAGUUGAGAAGUCAAUGGAUCAUGGAAUGAAAUUUGAUGAUUCAUACAAAAUUAAGAAGAUCUGUGAGGAUAAGGCCAUAAUUGAGCUCUUCAAGGAUGAGGGAAAUAUUCAAACUCCAACUAAACUAAUUGCUGAUACAUUCUGUGCCAAAUCCUCAUCUGAAGACCCAAAUUCUGUAUUUACUGAUGGAUCUAUUGGGUGCUCUUCUGCAAUAUCUGCAGUCCCUGACAGUACUGCCUCUCUUGAUGACCUGUCCCCAUUCAAAAGUCCUUCAGUUUGUUCAGUAGAUGCUUCAGUAGAUUCCAACCCUGAGAGUAAUGGUGCAAGUGUUUCCAAGCCUGCAAAAAAGAAGAAACUGAUCCAUGUCAAGAUUGAGGAGUAA